UGUGAAAAUUUCACUCACCUCUGCUCCAAGUUUAUAAGUUUUCAGUUCUUACACGCAACUUUGUUACAAAAACACAAAACUCUGCAUCAGCAAUUCAGCAUAGUUUAGACAAAAAAGAAAAGAGAAAAGCAAAACAAAUAAUCAAAUAACAUAAAAUUAAGAGAAGCAGAAGAGAGAGAUUGAAAAACACAUUCUCUCUCUCUCUUUCUCUCUCUCUCUCUCUCUCUCUCUCUGUGUGUUUUCCUGUUUCUCUCUGUUUUCUGUGUUCUGUGCAUUGUUACGCUGCAUCUCUAUUUUGUAUUUACAAUGGAAAAGCUUGUCGUUUGGGGUGUGUGCUGUUGGUGAUUAUCCUCGUUGGUCAGUCUCCAAAGGUUGGAGCUUUGCACAGAAUCUACCUCCAGAUGCAUAUUUGAUGGUGAAAUGAUUCCCUUUCUAUUCCGCUUCACUGAUCUCAAUCUCUUAGCUGCUGCUUCUUCUUCUUCUUCUUCUUCUCAUCGACUCAUUUCUCUGAAUCCCAAGCUUUCUUCAAUAACACAGCAAUGUCUACAACACUACCUUCUUCUUCUUCUUCUUCUUCUUCUGUUGGAUCGUCUAAUACCCUUUUGAAUGAGAUCCUUUCUUUGCCAGUUUUGGAACUUGUAGCAACGUGUGCCAACUUGGCACUGCUGCUUGUGUUUCUCAUUGUUAUCUUUUCAAGAAAGGUGCUUGGGAACGUGGGAAGUGUUAGAUAUGACAAUAAGGAUGAUAUUGCAAGCAAUGGUGGCGCAGUUAGUCCUAGAGUUGUUGAUGCACAAACACAUCAAGUUAGGAUUGGUACAUGGUUCAAGCUUUCGGUCUUGUCUUGUCUCUAUGUUCUGUUGGUGCAACUUGUGGUGUUGGGGUUUGAUGCUGUAGCUUUGAUUCAGGGAAAGGGUAAUUUGUCUGUAAUUUUGUUGCCAGUUUCUCAGGGUUUGUCUUGGAUUGUGUUGAGCUUCUUGGCUUUAAAUUGCAAGGCUCAGAGGCUUGAUAGGUUUCCAUUUUUGUUGAGAGUUUGGUGGAGUGUGUCAUUUGUUAUUUGCUUGUGCACUUUGUAUGUUGAUGGGAGGGGGUUAUGGGAUGAAGGUUACAAGCAUUUGCAGUCCCAUGUGGUGGCGAAUUUCGCUGCCACGCCUGCACUUGCCUUCUUGUGUAUUGUUGCAGCUAGGGGUGCUACCGGUAUUGAAGUCUGUGGGGAUUCGGAUUUUCGAGAGCCGUUGCUUGCUGAAGAAGAAUCAGGGUGUGUGAAGGUUACUCCAUACAGUGAUGCUGGAAUUUUUAGCCUGGCUACUCUGUCUUGGCUGAACCCAAUUCUUUCCCUUGGCGCAAGGCGACCAUUGGAGCUUAAGGACAUUCCCCUAGUGGCACGAAAAGAUCGAGCUAAGACAAAUUACAAGAUUUUGAAUUCUAAUUGGGAGAGAUUGAAGGCUGAAAAUUCGUCCGGACAGCCUUCGUUAGCUUGGGCACUUCUCAGAUCAUUUUGGAAGGAAGCAGCUUGGAAUGCCAUCUUUGCUGGUUUGAAUACUCUUGUUUCUUAUGUUGGUCCUUACAUGGUAAGCUACUUUGUUGAUUACUUGAGUGGCAAACAAAGUUAUCCGAACGAGGGCUAUGUCCUCGCUGGGAUAUUCUUCGUGGCGAAGCUUGUUGAGACCUUUACAACUCGUCAAUGGUAUCUAGGAGUGGAUAUCUUGGGCAUGCAUGUUAGAUCAGCUCUAACAGCAAUGGUGUAUCGAAAGGGGCUUAGACUCUCGAGCUUAGCGAAGCAAAGUCACACAAGUGGAGAGAUUGUUAACUACAUGGCUGUAGAUGUUCAAAGAGUAGGGGACUACUCUUGGUACCUUCAUGAUAUGUGGAUGCUUCCUAUGCAGAUUGUUCUUGCCCUUCUAAUCUUGUACAAGAACGUUGGAAUUGCUUGUAUUGCAACACUGAUUGCUACCAUCAUUUCAAUUGUUGUCACUGUUCCAGUAGCUAGGAUCCAAGAAGAUUAUCAAGACAAGUUAAUGGCUGCAAAAGAUGAAAGGAUGAGAAAAACAUCUGAGUGCUUAAGGAACAUGAGGAUUCUCAAGUUGCAAGCUUGGGAAGACAGGUAUCAAAUAAAGUUAGAGGAGAUGCGUGGAGUCGAGUUCAAAUGGCUUCGAAAAGCGUUGUACUCGCAGGCUUUCAUAACAUUCAUAUUCUGGAGCUCCCCCAUUUUUGUUUCAGCUGUCACUUUCGCUACAUGCAUAUUGCUGGGUGGAGAGUUGACUGCAGGUGGUGUGCUUUCUGCUUUGGCUACUUUUAGAAUCCUCCAAGAACCUCUCAGGAAUUUUCCGGACUUGGUUUCAACAAUGGCUCAGACUAAGGUUUCGAUUGAUCGAAUAUCUUGUUUCCUGCUUGAGGAAGAGUUGCAGGAAGAUGCAACUAUUGUCUUACCUCAUGGAAUCUCUACUGUUGCAGUAGAAAUUAAGGAUGGCAUCUUCUGUUGGGACCCUUCUUCAUCUUCUAGACCAACUCUAUCAGGGAUUCAUAUGAAGGCCGAAAAAGGAAUGCGUGUGGCUGUUUGUGGUAUGGUUGGUUCUGGGAAAUCAAGUUUUCUUUCUUGCAUCCUUGGAGAGAUUCCUAAGCUUUCCGGCGAAGUAAGGGUGUGCGGCUUGUCUGCAUAUGUCUCGCAAUCAGCAUGGAUACAGUCUGGAAACAUAGAGGAAAAUAUUCUGUUUGGAAGCCCAAUGGACAAAGCAAAGUACAAGAAUGUUCUUCAUGCUUGUUCUCUUAAGAAGGACUUGGAGCUUUUCUCACAUGGUGAUCAAACAAUUAUUGGUGAUAGAGGCAUAAACCUGAGUGGUGGCCAGAAGCAGCGUGUUCAGCUCGCACGAGCACUCUACCAAGAUGCUGAUAUUUAUCUUCUUGAUGAUCCCUUUAGUGCAGUUGAUGCUCACACCGGAUCAGAAUUGUUUAGGGAGUAUAUAUUGACAGCACUAGCAAAUAAAACAGUAAUCUAUGUGACACAUCAAGUUGAAUUUCUUCCUGCUGCUGAUUUGAUACUGGUUCUCAAAGAAGGCUGCAUCAUACAAGCUGGAAAAUAUGAUGAUCUCUUACAAGCAGGAACAGAUUUUAAUGCUCUAGUUUCUGCUCACCAUGAAGCCAUAGAGGCUAUGGAAAUUCCUAGUUUCUCAUCUGAAGAUUCCGAAGAACAUUUAUCCUUAAAUGCAUUGGUUAUAUCCAGUAAGAAGUCUAUUUGUUCCACAAAUGAUAUUGACAAUUUGGCAAAGGAACUGCAAGAGGGAUCAUCGAAUUCAGAUCAAAAAGCGAUUAAGGAGAAGAAGAAAACAAAACGCUCAAGGAAAAAGCAACUAGUUCAAGAAGAGGAGAGGGUCAGAGGUAGAAUCAGCAUGAAGGUUUAUUUGUCAUACAUGGCAGCAGCAUAUAAAGGGUUAUUGAUUCCUCUCAUAAUCAUGGCGCAAACGUUCUUUCAGUUUCUACAGAUUGCUAGUAAUUGGUGGAUGGCUUGGGCUAACCCACAAACUGAAGGAGACCUGCCAAAAGUAUCUCCCACAGAGCUUCUUGUUGUUUACAUGGCCCUCGCUUUCGGCAGCUCCUGCUUUAUAUUUGUAAGGGCUAUUCUGGUGGCUACAUUUGGCCUUGCAGCAGCUCAGAAGCUGUUCUUGAAGAUGCUUAGAAGUGUUUUCCAUGCACCAAUGUCUUUCUUCGACUCUACACCUGCCGGACGGAUCUUGAAUCGUGUAUCAGUUGAUCAAAGUGUUGUGGAUCUUGACAUUCCUUUCAGACUCGGUGGCUUUGCUUCGACAACAAUACAACUUAUUGGUAUUGUUGGUGUGAUGACAGAAGUCACAUGGCAAGUUUUGCUCCUAGUUAUCCCAAUGGGUGUUGCUUGUUUGUGGAUGCAGAAAUACUAUAUGGCUUCCUCGAGGGAACUAGUCCGAAUUGUAAGCAUCCAGAAGUCUCCAAUUAUAAAUCUUUUUGCUGAAUCAAUUGCUGGAGCAUCUACAAUAAGAGGAUUUGGACAAGAAAAGAGGUUUAUGAAGCGAAAUCUCUAUCUUCUAGAUUGCUUUGCUCGGCCAUUCUUCUGCAGUCUUGCUGCUAUCGAAUGGCUCUGCUUGCGGAUGGAGUUACUGUCAACUUUUGUAUUUGCUUUCUGCAUGGUAUUACUUGUAAGCUUCCCCCAUGGAAGCAUUGAUCCCAGCAUGGCUGGACUUGCUGUGACUUAUGGACUCAAUUUGAAUGCACGUUUAUCGAGAUGGAUACUUAGCUUCUGCAAACUCGAAAAUAAAAUCAUUUCUAUUGAAAGAAUUUACCAAUACAGUCAAAUUCCAAGUGAAGCACCAGCAAUCAUUGAAGAUUUUCGCCCUCCACCCUCAUGGCCUGAAAAUGGAACAAUUGAAAUAAUUGAUCUGAAGGUGCGGUACAAGGAGAAUCUUCCUGUGGUACUUCAUGGAGUGUCAUGCACAUUUCCAGGCGGAAAAAAGAUCGGAAUAGUUGGACGUACCGGUAGUGGCAAAUCAACUUUAAUUCAGGCAUUGUUUCGGUUGAUUGAACCAUCUGAUGGGAGGAUACUUAUAGACAACAUUGAUAUUUUACAUAUUGGUCUUCAUGAUCUUAGGAGUCAUCUAAGUAUCAUACCACAAGAUCCAACCUUAUUUGAAGGGACCAUCCGUGGCAAUCUUGAUCCUCUUGAGGAGCACUCUGAUCAACACAUCUGGGAGGCAUUGGACAAGUCUCAACUUGGAGAUAUUAUCCGUGAAAAGGACCAAAAGCUUGACACACCAGUGCUGGAAAAUGGAGACAAUUGGAGCGUAGGACAGCGGCAACUUGUUUCCCUAGGCCGAGCUCUUCUGAAGCAAUCGAAAAUACUUGUACUCGAUGAAGCAACAGCAUCAGUUGAUACUGCCACGGAUAAUCUUAUCCAGAAGAUUAUCCGUGACGAGUUUAAAGAUUGUACUGUCUGCACCAUUGCGCAUCGCAUUCCAACCGUUAUAGACAGUGAUCUUGUUCUAGUACUUAGUGAUGGUCGAGUUGCAGAAUUCGACACUCCAUCGCGACUAUUAGAGGAUAAAACCUCCAUGUUUUUGAAGUUGGUGGCGGAGUAUUCGUCAAGAUCAAGUGGCAUCCCAGCAGGAUAGAAAUCUCCCUAAGGUUAUUGACUAAAGCUCAAUAUAGUUCAAGACAGUUCAAGAAUUAAUCAAGAAGAUAAGGUCCAAAGUUUGAUGUGAAAUUCAACACAUAAUAUAAGCCAUGUGAAUUUUUUACAUGAGAUGAUCGAUUGUCGUGUCUGUCUUGUUGCCGCUACAUUCGUGGCAUGCAUGGACAUUGGAGAAAUGAAGAUAGGCGCUUCCCUACUUAUCAAUCAAUGGCACCUGUGGAAGAAAAAUUAGUUUUUAUAGUUUGAAGCUAACCAGCAGUUGAUACUUCCACUUUGAACCGAACUUGAGUUGUAACAGAAUAAGAUGAUAAAACAAAAUUAGGUUUAGAAUGAAGCAGGGGGCAUUUUGAUUAGUGUUAGGAAAGGGUAGAGUUAAAAGGUUAAAGCUAGAUAAUUGUACACACGGAUUGCCCUGAGAAAAAGGAAAAAGAUAUUGGUUAUCCUUAGUCUUCUUAGUUAACUAGUUUUCUUAAUAUCAUCAUUUGUAAAUGGAAAUUGCUAUCCUUAGUCUUGUUCAAGUGUUAUCCUUCAGGUACUUAAUUUUAAACGGAAGAUGUUAACGUGUUAGGU